UGCCGCCAUAGCCAUCCACGUGGACACUGCUGGGGCCGCCAUAGCCAUACUGGGAGUCUUUUCUCCGUCAGGAGUCAAUGGCACGAUGAGGAUUAUCUCAAAUAUUUUGAGAUUUUUUUUUUGACACGUCAUCAUGGCGGCAGUCGUGGACCAGAGCAUUAUUAGAAUCAUACCUACUUCGGCUCGUAGGGUGAGUUUUCCACGGCGCGCUGUGGGAUGUGAGAUCGAGAAACGUAAAUCCGGUCGGAUUCAAUGCAUCUUGCAGCAUACGAGUUCGACAUCGUCAAUUCCAAAAAAAUCGGCGCCUUCAAAAAAUUCUUCAAUUUUAAAAAAUCUCAGAAAUUCGGCAAUUUCCAGAACGUCGGCAUGUUCGACGAGUCCUCGUACGACUGUUUCGAAAAUUUGGCGGGAAAGCAAACGACACGGAGACAAAGAUGAUCUCUUUUUUGGCGGGAGAGGACGCGGGCGAUGCCAGCAGCAGCAGCAGGCAGCGCGGGAGCUUGAAGGUUCUUUGGCGCGCUGCAGAAAGUCUGAUCGGAGUAAUGGCGCGGGUAAUGGAAAGCGCGCCAAGCGUUGGAUAUCCACCAGGCUUGGCGCGCUGCAGAUGGCGGGGCAGGGCCGGAGGGAGAGAGGAGAGAAAGCGCGGGUGCAAUCUCAUAAGCCGGAUCGGGGGGGAGAGGAGGAGGAGGAGGAGGAGGAGGAGGAGCUGUCGCCUGUCAUCAUCGAUCAAUGGCUUGGAAGGGGGCUGCGGCGGUCUAAGUGGAGGGGGAAAGGGAGGCGGCGGGAAACACAGGGAGGAACGAUGGACACGUGGAGCAAUAUCGAUCGACCGCGUUGGGUGGGAGUAGGCGGCGGAGAGAGGGGCCGAUGUGCGACGCGCAUGUACGGCACAACAGCAAGCCAGAUGUACCACAUCAUCUCCUUCCUUAUCAGCGAUCGCCAAACAAGGAUGAAUAGAACGACGAUGUGCGCCGACCAGACGGAGGACCGGUCGGUGGGUAGUUUCGGGGCGUCAAGGAGAGAGAAGCGGAUGCCACGUGUCACAUUUCGCGGUGCCCCUUGUCUGAAAGGUGGAGCGAGGAUGGCGCCAAAUUUUCCUCAGUCCUUGGUAGGCACUUUUGGCCGUGAUUGGCACAUGGAUGCCGGUCUGAACAGGACGAGCUCCGAUCGCCAAUCAUCAGGCAGAACCACGUGUCUGCCCCAUCACCAGCCACGUCAGCAGACUACUUGUUGUCAAUCAUGGGCGCAUAAUGAAGCCGCUCUUCUCCCGCCCACCUUCGAGACCCCUUUCAAACCCCUCUCGGUCUCAAAGCCAUCACUAUGUCGUCAUCAGCACGCCAGCGAUGGGGUAAUCUCACGGCCGGCGUCCUUCUUGAUGCCGCCCUCGCCCUUCUUCCCGCCUCGAUGGAGGAAGUGGAGGAGAGGGAGAGGGAGAGGGAAGGGGAGAGGGAGGGGGUGGGGUUGGAGGGAAAGGGAUGUCCCAGUGGCAGGUGCAGCAGUAGGCGCUGACGAUGAUAGCGGCGGAUGCAGCGGCUGCGGUGGAGAUAGCGCUCCUGCUGUUUCUAGGGUUUCGUUGAUAGGGGUGAUGGGGAAUGUCCCACGUGGCGGUAGGAGAUUGACCGGCGCGAUCCCGAUCAGAAGAUCCAUCACCGGAAGUCGGCGCGGUUCCUCCGUCGUCGCGUCUGCCGCUGCCGGCGGCGCCGCCGUCACUGCAACUACCAUAUCCUCCUCCUCCUCCUCCUCCUCACCUUCAGCGGCGGCGGCCGCGCUAAUUACUGCCUUGACAGCUGGCAAUCCUGACGUGCUACAGGUCAUCCUCAGCUUUCUGAAGAGGCCGUUGGUGGGCCUGGCCUUGGUGCUUGUCGCCAGCGCGGUGUCCCGGUACGAGAGGCUGGGCCUGGAGCGGAUUAUCCUCGUGGCCGCCGCUCGGUGCUUCGUUCAGGUGAUUGUACUAGGCUUCGUUUUGAAAUUCGUUUUCGAAAAGGCGGGAGUUUUCUGGAUGGCCUCGCUAAUUACUCUCAUGGUCUUGAUUGCCGGUCAAACUGGCGGCAAACGAGCAGGCCGCGUCCCUCACAGUCGACUAAUUAUCACGUUAGCUGUCAUCUCCGCCGUCGCUAUCACCCUUUCCAUCUGCUCCUUCUGUGGUCUUUACCCCCGCCAGCCGCGAUACAUAAUCCCUAUGGCAGGAUACGCGAUCGGCAAUUCCAUGUCAGUAACUGGUAGCUGUCUGACAUUUCUGGCUAAUUACCUGGAGGCCGAGAGAGGGCUUGUGGAGGCCUCUCUCUGUCUGGGCGCUACUCCCAAACAAGCCUCGGCAUCGAUGGUGCGGAAAGCUUUGCGGGGGGGUCUAAACCCCUUGUUCGAUUUCGUUAAAACCACUGGGCUAAUUAGUCUGCCAGGUGCCAUCACGGGAAUGAUACUAGGGGGGACGCCCCCAUUACAGGCAGUACAGAUGCAAUUGGUCGUCUGCUUUCUACUUUUGGGAAGUGCCGUUGUGUCGUGCAUGGUCGCGACUUUCCUAAGUUGGCGUCAAUUUUUUACUCCCGCGGGUCAGUUCAUCCUCUCCAAUGGCGUCAGUUAAAAAAGAAUAGAAUAAAAGAAUACCAAAAAAAAAAAAGAAAAAAAGAGAAUGUAGUAAUGUACACACACAGCUCCUCCUCAUUCCCUCCCCCUCCCCCCCCCCCCCCCCCCCCCCCCCCCCCCCCCCCCCCCCCCCCCCCCCCCCUCUCUCUCUCUCCCUUAGGAGACGGUCCCUCAAUUCCAUAUCCGCGUGGUCGCUGCUUUCCUAAGUUGGCGCCAAUUACUGUAAUUUCUCACUCCCCGCAGCUGAGUUCGUCGUCUGCAAUGGCGGGAGUUAGAAGAAUGUACACAAAUUCCGACGUUCCUCCUCUUUCCCGCCUUGUUUCUUCCUCGUUUCAUUCCUCCCCAUCCCGCCUUUUUCCCCGCCUCUUGCUUUUGAGACAGUCCCUUCCCUCUCUGUCCGCGUGGUCGCUGCUUUCCUAAGUUGGCGCCAAUUACUGUAAUUUCUCAAUUUCCCCGCAGCUCAGUUCGUCGUCUGCAAUGGCGGGAGUUAGUACACACAUUUGCUCGUUCCUCCUCUUUCCCGCCUUUUUUCUUCCUCAUUUCAUUCCUCCCCAUCCCGCCUUUUCCCCCUCGCCUCUUGCUUUUGAGACGGUCCCUCCCCUCACUGUCCGCGUGGUCGCUGCUUUCCUAAGUUGGCGCCAAUUACUGACGCCUCUCCUCUCUUCCUUUUUUUUCUUCUUAAUUUCUCACUCGCCACAGCUCAGUUCGUCAUCUGCAAUGGCGGGAGUUAGAAGAAUGUACACACCUUCUCGUUCCUCCUCUUUCCCGCCUUUUUCCUUCCUUGUCCUCCCUCUCCGCUCUCUCCGCUCUCUGCUCUCCAUGCGCUGACGCCACUACGGCCUUGUCACCGCCGAGCCUCCGCUUUCUCCUCUAUACCCACCGUCUUCCCCGCGAACACAAUGGACCCUCAUCAUUACUGUAUUUGGUCCGAAAGAUAGCGUGUAUACAUUCAUGAUGAGGGUGCGUUAUGUUCGCGGGAGGACGGUAGACUCCUCUCUCCCCACUUUCUCCUCCCUUCACCGGAUUACCGUUGUCCCCGACCACAACGGACCCUCAUCGUAGCUGUAUUUGGUCGGAAAGAUAGCUUGUAUACAUUCCUAGACAGGGGCUCGGUUAUUACACUAACACGA